AUGAUGCCUGUAUGCAAACAAUUGCAACCAGCAGUGCAUAUUCCACCAUGUGGACUGAAUUUGAAUACCUUUAGUCAAGGGCGUCCAAAGGACAAGGUGGUGAUCGUAAUGGGGGCAACGGGUACUGGAAAAUCCAGGCUCUCCAUUGACUUGGCGACCCUUUUCCCUGCAGAAAUCAUAAACUCAGAUAAAAUGCAAAUAUAUAAAGGCCUUGACAUAGUCACAAACAAGAUCACUGAAGAAGAACAACGUGGGGUACCCCACCAUUUGCUUGGGGUAGUAAAGCCCAAUGCGGAUUUCACAGCCCAAGACUUCUGUGACAUGUCGUCGCUCGCCAUGGAAGAUAUCUUGAGCCACCGCAAGCUUCCAAUCAUCGUUGGGGGAUCAAACUCUUUCAUCGAACACUUGGUGGACGAUAACUACAGGUCUAGAUAUGACUGUUGCUUCCUCUGGGUCGACGUCUCCAUGCCCAUUCUCCACUCCUAUGUCUCCAAACGCGUGGACGAAAUGGUCCGUAACGGAUUAGUCGAAGAGGUCAGACAAAUGUUCGACCCCAAUGCCGAUUACAGCAAAGGGAUCCGCCGGGCAAUCGGGGUUCCUGAAUUCGACAAGUACUUCCGAAAUGAAACUCAUUUGGACCCAAAAACUAGGUCUAAGUUACUCGAAGAAGCCAUUAAUGAAAUUAAGAAAAAUACCUGUAAAUUGGCUAGUAGACAAUUGGACAACAUUAAUCGACUUAGGUAUAUCAAAGAUUGGAAACUUCAUCGCCUUGACGCCACCGAAGUGUACCAAAAGCGCGGCAAGGAGGCCGAUCAGGCCUGGAAUAAGCUCGUCGCCGGGCGUAGCGCCGCCAUCGUUAACCAAUUCCUCCGUGCGGGGGGUAUCCCCUCAGCCUCUGUCACUCAUCUUCCCAGCCUCAGAGAUCGAGUUCCGGCUAUGGCCGCUGCAAUAUCUCACUGAGUGGCAUACGAAGUAAAUUCUGAAGAAUGAUUUGGCAUGUGUGUCAUGAUUAGUACCACAAACACACGUGUGAUACAUGGGAUGUGCCUCACACGUGUCCUUUUAGCAUUUUUCGUAAAUUUUUUAUAUAAUAACCUCAUUUAAGUACUAGUAUAAGCCGUAAUCCUCCUACUUACUCCCAAUUCAAUAAAAAAAUAUAAGUACUAUUACUAUUGUUAUUUUAGACUUCAUUAUAGGACUAAUAUCAAUUAUCUAAAUUUUGUAAAAUUACCCUCAUAUUAAUUUUUGGUAUCUGAAUUUUAAGAAUAUUUUACU